UUGCAAUCAUACAACUACUCAUUAUUACCUAAAAACGCAUUAACAUUAUUUAAACAGUAAUUAAAUUACAAUUAAAACAAUGAGAUCCGUAUUAUUGUCGUGUUUAGUGGUAUUGUGCGGCGUGUAUGCCAUUAGGUGUGCGACCAUUAACUUUCAGGCCUGGCGUACAUCACAGGUGUACAAGAAUUUUGACCUCCAAUGCACCUAUACUUUGGUCCAAAAAUCUGAAUUCUUCUCGAGUCUCAGUAUAAUCGUAAACAACACCAUAUUCUACACCUAUAACAACCAAACCGUCCGAAAUCCGACUUUCUACAAAAUCAAGGGCAUUGAUUCAAUUGUGAAAAAAUCACCAGGCUACAUAGCCAUCAAUAAUGCCAACAAGACUACCUCCGGUCUAUACAGGUGUCAAGUGAACUACAGCUCCGGCAGAAGUAUUGUCUCACAACAGUAUAACAUAACUAUUCCCAAAUAAUCUGUAAAACUAUUUGUUAAUAAAGUUAAUUCUAGUCAAACAGUUUAUUAUGUAUUUGAAAAUCACAAAUUAAUUGAAUAAAAACAUAUCAAACAAA